UGGCAAGUUCUUCAGUCGGUAACGCCCAACUUCUACGUAACGAAGGAGGGAGUUGAGUAUUUUCCAAGAUGGCGACGACCAUAGACAGCUGCAAUGCCGUACAGGCGACAAAGAAAAAACAUCUCGGAAUCCCCGAAGCAAUAUUUGUGGAGGAUGUCGAGUCGUUUAUGAAGCAACCAGGGAACGACACUGCAGACGCCGUCUUGAGAAAACUGGAUGAGCAGUAUCAGAAAUAUAAAUACAUGGAGCUCAACCUGGCCCAGAAGAAACAAAGGUUGAAAAGCCAGAUCCCACAGAUCAAGCAGACUUUAGAAAUCCUACGACACAUGCAGAAGAAGAAGGAAACCACAGACCCUAUGGAGACACACUUCCUAUUGGCUGACAAUGUUUACUGCAAGGCUUCAGUCCCGCCCACCGACAAAGUUUGCCUCUGGUUAGGGGUGAGCCAAUGUAUGUUGGAGUACGACAUCGACGAAGCCCAGUCUCUGCUGGAGAAGAAUUGGCGACCCGCAUCACGCAACCUGGACUCCCUGGAAGAAGACCUGGACUUCCUGCGAGACCAGUUUACCACCACCGAAGUCAACAUGGCACGAGUCUACAACUGGGACGUAAAGAGAAGGAGCAAGGACAACCUCCUCAAAUCAGUCGAGAAGUCUUAAGAAAUAGGGAUGUCCUCCCGCCCCUGCAACCCACCCAAACUCCAUGUCUAUGUUCACAUCUCUAGUCUCUACAGUACAAAUCUGCAUCCUGUUCCCUAUAUAGUGCACAACUUUUAACAUCAAAGGUAGUGCACUGUAUCGGGAUAGGAUGCCAUUUGGGACAAAGGCCAAGCUUUAUUCUAUUGAUUUGUUACUUUUUAAAAUUAUUUUUUCAAGUAAAAAAAGACAAAACAGAAGUUACUACAGCAGUUUUUUUUGUAUGAUGUUACUACUAUUAUUAAGCACUCAUAUUUUUUGACCACCUGCGACUGUAGGUUUUCACUGUCCUCCACUUUCUCCUCCUCUCACUGUUUUGUCUUUUUCUUUGAUUAUUUUUCAAUCUGUUAUUGACAAUAAUCUUCACUCGGUACUAGUUUGGGAACUUGGUUUGCUUUCGGAACACCCUGCGCUACUACCCAUAAUCCUCGCUGAGCAGGAAAUGGCAGUGAGGAGGAGAAACAGCUCACCAGUCAAAGCGGAAACCUUCCUCUGAUGUGAUUUCAUGAGUGUGUGAUGUCAAAAUGAAUCCUURUGAAUCCGGUGCACUCCGGAUUCUGAAUGUUCAGACGGUUGUUCCAUGCCCCCUCUUUCCUCUCCUCUGUUCUGUUCCUUACUCCCUGCAUGAGCCUGAAAUGGUGCCCUAUUCUCUAUAUGGUGCACUACUUUUUACCGAAAGCCUACGGGCCUUGGUCAAAAGUAGUGCACUAUAUAUAUAGGGAAUAGGGUGCCAUUUUAGACAACUUCUCAGCUUUCUUGUCGCUCUUCUGCUACCACCUGCCUGUUUUGUUUAUUUUAUCUUCCUCCUGUCUUGUUUGCUCCUCUGUCCACUUCCUCAAUGUAUUUAUUCGUCACGUUGUAUCCAUUAAGACACUUGAGUGAUAAAAAUAAAUUACAAAAAAUAAACUUUACAUGGUG